AUGGCUAGAAGAUGGAUCACAAAGCUUUUCUCCUUCUCCCCCUUCAUCAAUCGUUCUCACCUCACAUCGACUGUACAACACUUCGACAAGUCAUGUCACGGCAAGCAAAAGCCCUCCAGCCAACUUAGCGUGGAUUCGAGCCUACAGCUUUGGCCCCUGAUGCACCAGAUUCCGGGAAUCGGGAGCCCGAAUCGCGAUCCUGGUGCUCAGUGGGAGUAUUUACAGUCGAAGAAUCGGCUCCGUCACAACGUCACUGCCGAAGGUACCGGCUGCCCGGCCUGCCGACAUGGCACGAGCGUAGAUCGAGCGUUCAGGACAAGUCCAUCCUCAGGUGGCGAGUCUGAAGGCGGAUAGACACUCGCCAGUGGUGGAUCAGCGAAGCGGGAGUUGAUGGAUAGGAAAAACGGUUUAUUUGGCGAACCGGUUCGCGGAAGUACCCGCAAGGAGGAAGAGGAUCUCAAGAUGCUUUCACUGGUAUAG